AUGGAGGCGGCGGGCGGCGGGGGAGCGGCGGCGGGCGGCAUCGCCCUGCACGACUUCAGCGGGCGGCUGGGCGAGCAGCGGGUGCACUUCCACGCCAUGCGGCUGCGGGACUCGCUCUUCCUCUGGGUGGGCGCCGCGCCCGCCCUCGCCAGCCUGGCCGUCGCCAUGUGCAGCCCCCGCGACAGCAUCCCGGUGGCCGCCUCGCUCCUGGGGGACCCCUCCGACACCGCCUCCGCCUGCCUGGCCCAGCGCUUGGCCAGCAAGACCAAAAAACAGAUAUUUGUCAGCUACAAUCUUCAAAACACAGACAGCAAUUUCACCUUACUCAUAGAAAACAGGAUCAAAGAAGAAAUGAUGGCUUUUCCAGAGAAGUUCUGACUUUGCAUCGUUGUAAAAUAACCUGAGUUUUUGUUUUAGAAAAACUGAUUGCAAUUUUCACACUGACAUUAAGUUAGUAUAUUUGUUUUGUAUUGUUUUGAUUGAAUUCGCAGUUGUUAUUAAAUAUAGAUGGA